UAACGCUCUUUCUCUCUCUAAGAUUCCUUGCUACUAUAAAUACGUCUCACCUGGUUUUCUCUUCUAUCAAGCAAAGGAGAGGCUAGGGUUUCUCAGCAACCUCAUCCAGUUGGCAGUUUUAGCUGCUAUAUUUGUAGAUCGUCAAAGUGGAGGGUGUCAAGUUUGCAACUUCUUUUAUGUCUGAAUCGGCCUCUCUUUAUUUGGGAUCUAUUGGUUUGCUUGGAGAGUAUUGUCCUACAUCCAGAAAAAAGCUCAGACGCACUUCUGAGACAGUUGGCUGCAUGCAUCUCGGACCAUUACAGGAUUCAGAGCAUAGUCGUGGUUGCAGCUGGAUGCAGCCUUUUCCAAUUGCAAGGAAACAGACUUUGAGUUUUCAAGGGAACAUUCUAGCCAACAAUAUUGUUGCUUCCUCUGCCAUCUUUAACUUUAGUAUCUUCUCCUCCUGAUUUUUAUAUUCUAGAAGUCCUGUGCUGAGAUAGAUCAAGAUGGCUUUGCAAAAUAUAGGUGCUUCCAACAGCGAUGAUGCCUUUUAUAGGUACAAGAUGCCCAAAAUGAUUACCAAGAUUGAAGGUCGGGGAAAUGGCAUCAAGACUAAUGUAGUCAACAUGGUAGAAAUUGCGAAAGCUCUAGCUAGGCCUGCUUCUUAUACCACAAAGUAUUUUGGUUGCGAGUUAGGAGCUCAGUCCAAAUUUGAUGAGAAGACUGGAGUAUCCCUUGUGAAUGGUGCUCAUGAUACCGCAAAACUUGCAGGGCUUCUUGAGAACUUCAUCAAGAAAUAUGUGCAAUGCUAUGGAUGUGGGAACCCCGAGACUGAAAUAAUCAUCACCAAGACACAGAUGAUUACUCUUAAAUGUGCUGCCUGUGGGUUUGUUUCAGAUGUAGACAUGAGGGACAAACUCACGACUUUCAUCCUCAAGAAUCCCCCUGAACAAAAGAAGGGGUCCAAGGACAAGAAAGCAAUGCGCAGGGCUGAGAAGGAGCGUCUCAAGGAGGGGGAGGCUGCAGAUGAGGAGCAGAAGAAGCUUAAGAAGGAGGUGAAAAAGAAGUCAUCUGUCAACACCAAGGACGGGGCCUCAAAAGCCACCUCAACCAAGAAAAAGGCUAAUACCUCUGAUGAAGAUCGUGCAUCCCCCACCAGAAGCCAGGCUGAUGAAAAUGAAGCAGCGGAUGACGAUGAUGAUGAUGUCCAGUGGCAGACAGACACUUCCCUGGAGGCAGCACGGCAGCGUAUCCAGGAACAGUUGAGUGCGGUUACUGCUGGUAUGGUCAUGCUUUCCACCGAAGAGAAUGACACAAAGUCAACAAAGAAAGCUAUCAAGAAUGGUACCCCAGAACCCGAGCAGCAGAAAUCUGAGGCCAAGGCCCUAGAGGAUGGGAAAUCUUCACCUGCUCGCUCUCAUGAAAAGCUUGUCGAGGAGAUAAAAGGCAAUCUGAAGAAAGGAACCACUGUAAGCCAGCUGCAGUCUUUCCUGAAGUCACUGUCUGGUUCCCCACAGCAGGUUAUCACGGCUCUCUUUGAGGCACUCUUCGAAGGUGUUGAGAAAGGAUUCGCUAAGGAGGUCUCCAAGAAGAAGAAUUACCUUGCUGCUGCGACACAGGAUGAGGGAUCGCAAAUGAUGCUUCUGCGGGCAAUUGAGGCGUUCUGCCAAAAGGCUAGUGCUGAUGCAGUGAAGGAAGUUGCGUUGGCUCUGAAGGCACUCUAUGAUUCUGAUGUGUUGGAGGAAGAGUCGAUAGUCCAGUGGUACGAGGAAGGCCUCGGAGGAAGCAACAAGAAUUCCCAGGUUUGGAAGAAUGUGAAACCCUUCAUUGAGUGGAUUCAGAGCGCUGAGUCGGAAACUGAGGAAGAGUGAUUUGAACAUUGUACCGUGUGCAGUGUCCUAUUUUAAUAGUUAAGGAACAGUAAGUAGUAUGAAGUCUUGGGUUAUGGUUAUGGGUUCUGGUGUUUUGGCCUAGGGAGUCGUAGACUGUAGUUACGAAUCCUGCCUCUGCCCUCUUUUGAAUAAAAGGAGUAGUGGUGGUGCGUCUGGUCUGGUGGUACUUCCUGUCGUAGUUUAUGUUGCUGUGUGUCUUCAUGUCUGCUGUUUUUGUCGAGUGGUAAAAUGGAACUAUGAUGUGGUUGUCCUGUGAUCUUGUGACAUUUUAAAUUUUUUUUUCAGCUUUUUAUAGUUUACACUUUACUGUGAUCACUUUUCUUUUAA